CAGGGUCCAGCUCCUACUUCCUUGAGCGGAGCCCAAACGUGACAACUCUCGCGAUACUACCGACGCGCUGCAGCUCAGCUCACGGGCCUGCUCCAGGAAUGCGAAACGACCAUUGUUAUUGAUCAAGAAUAGCACCAUUAAGGCCGUCUAACCAAACAAACAAGCGCAGUGGUCCUCCGAACUGGCAUGGUGGAAGACAUCCGGCGGAGGCUGUACCUAUGGGGAUGAGAGGCGAACGGUUGUCGGAGCAUUCGCAGCGGUGGGCUCGUUGACUCUCCGUGCGGGCCCAGGAUGGCGCAGGGAGGCGCUCAGCUCGACUACCACAUCCUGCAGGACCUCAAGCAGCGCUUCCCCGAGAUCCCCGAGGGAGUCGUCUCCCAGUGCCUUCUGCAGAACAACAACAACCCGGACCUCUGCUACCACCUGCUGGCUCAGGAGAGUAACAGAUACCUCUAUGGCGAGUUUCACCACAGCCCGGAGGAGGCGCGCAUGAACCGGAACCACAUGCUGCACAUCAGCCUGGGCUACCCCGACACGGGGGGCAAGGCCAACGGAGGAGGGGGGGCGGGGGGCGCGGGGCGCUCGCUGGUGCACAGCUCCAGCGACGGCCACAUCGAGCCCCAGAGGCCCAACUUCCCCGAGCCCCUCUCGGCGCCGGCGGCCAUGGUGCCCACCCAGGCCUACAACCCCUUCAUGAUGAGCGACCCGGGCCGCCCGGCCAACACGCCCACGCCCCCGCCGGCGGCGGCGGCACCGCCCGCCGCGCAGGGCAUGUCGCCCACCUUCUCCCCCGUCCAGCGCUACACCAUCAACCCGCUGACCGUCACGCUGUCGCAGAACUUGCCCAACGCGCCGCAGGCCCUGCACAUCCCGCCGGGACACUACUCCAACAACAGCACGCUGUACAUCCGGCCCUCGCCCUCCCAGAGCCCACAGCCCGCGCCCUGGCCGUCGUCCGGCCCGCAGCCGGCCUACCGCCACCAGCAGCAGUCGCCGUACGGCACGCCCACGUACGGCUCCCCCUACAGCUCCCCCCAGCACCAGCCCCAGCCCCCCCCGCCGCCCCAGCCCCAGCAGCAGCAGCCGCCCCAGCAGUACGUGUUCCUCCCCAUCAGCUCGCCCAACAUGCCCUACCACCACCAGCAGCAGCAGCACCAGCAGCACCAGCAGCCCCCCCCCAUCUACCGGCCCGCCCUCCCCAAGAGCUCGCUGAAGAACCAGAUCGAGAUCACCCUCGAGGGCCCGCGGCCCCGGAGCAACUCGCCGGUGCACGCCCAGGGCUCCAUGUACAUGACGUCCAGCACCUCGCCCGGCUCGCCGUCCAGGGGCGUCGGCCUGGGGGGCCCCCCCCCCGGCGGCGCCGCCGCCGCCGCCGCCUUCCACCCGGGGAUGUACCUGCAGCACCAGGGGCCCCCCCGGCCCCGGCCGGCCUCCUCGCCCCAGCCCCCCCAGGCCGGGUACACCUUCAAGAUCAAGGUGUCCCCGGGGGGCCACCGGCCGCAGGCCAGCUCCCCACCGGCGGAGUCUCUGCUGAACCUGGUGGACCAGGGCGGGCACAGCGACGCCCCCGCGCCCAUCCUGCCCAUCUCGGCGCUGCCCGGCAACGUGGCCAGCCAGUCGCAGCACAUGCCACGCCGCUCCAGCUCGGGCUCCGACGACUACGCCUACACGCAAGCCCUGCUGCUGCACCAGCGAGCCCGUAUGGAGCGGCUGCUGAAGGAGCUGCUGCUGGAGCGCGGCAAGCUGGACCAGCUGAAGAGCGACGUCAACAACAUGGAGUACGACGCGCUGCAGCGGCGCUUCAGACGCGUCAACUCCUCCAACCUCAUCCCCGGGCCUGACGAGAUGAAGCGACUGCUGAAUGUAAACCGAAAGCUGAAGAUUGACAUCGACUGCACCUUGAAGGAGACGGAUCAACUUCGGACGCUAGGGAAGUUUGACCCGAAGGUCAUCGCAAACUUCUACGACAGCAUUCAGCCGGGCCCCGCAGUGCCGCCCAAGCCGGGGAAGAAAGCAGGAGAGAAGGCCCCCAAGCCGACGCCGGGGCCCCAGAGGGACGAGGACUUUGAGGGCGCCCAGUGGAACUGUGAGAGCUGCACCUUCCUGAACCACCCCGCCCUCAACCGCUGCGAGCAGUGCGAGAUGCCGCGCUACAACUGAGCGCCGCUCGGGGCGCCGCGCCCCGGACUCCUCGCUCCGGGCUCCUCUGCUCGGCGAUCGUUGCUCUGCCCUGCUUGCUCCCCCCACCCCCCAACCCCCG